AUGAGAAAGAAUGUCGAUUCUCUUGUAGUUGGGGCAGGGUUCAGUGGAAUUUAUCAACUAUAUAAACUCCGUGAGCUUGGAUUGUCAGUCAAACUUGUUGAGGCUGCUCCUGAAGUCGGAGGAACAUGUGGUUGGAAUCGAUAUCCCGGUGCAACGAGCGAUACGCAUAGCAAGGUCUACCGCUAUAGCUGGGACAAAGAGGAUCUCCGAAAUACGGCUUAUUUAAAGCAUGUAGUUCGACGGCACAAUCUAGUCAAAGACAUCGAGCUAAACACUCGUAUGGAGUCUGCGCAGUACAUGGAGGGUGGGUGGGAAAUACGCUUAUCAACUGGCGAAAGCUUUCGAUCAAGAUACCUCGUCACUGCACUGGGUGCUCUAUCAAAGGCUUAUUUUCCUCGGAUUCCUGGUCUAGACAGCCUUGCUGGCGAAACGUAUCAUACAACUGCCUGGCCAGCUAAACAUGAUUUCUUUAAUAAACAUGUCGGCGUCAUUGGGAAUGGUUCCACUAGUCAUGUUAUUCCCAAUAGCGACGACAAAGUCACAGAGGAGAACCGAAAGCGAAUCAAUGAUAACUACGGCCAAAUAUGGCACAAUCUACGGACCAAUCUCUCGGGCCAUGCUAUUAUAGAGUCAUCAAUCCCGACAAUGAGCAUUACUGCCGAGGAGCGUGAACGGGUCUUUGAACAAGUACAGCAAUCAGGCAACGGAAUAACGUUCUUAUUCAGCACAUUCGGAGAUAUUGCUAUCAAUGAGGAGGCGAACAGUGAGGCCUCGUAUUUUAUCCGCAGGAAGAUUGCCCAGAUUGUGAAAGACCCUGUCCAGGCGCGCAAGCUGACUCCUCCCGGUGGAUUUAAUCGCCGACCGGUCACAGCCAACGGGUAUUAUGAGACUUUUAAUUGGGACAACGUCGAUGUCGUUGAUGUAUUGGAUACUCCAAUGGAGAUUACACCAACCGGCAUUAAACUUUCAGACGGUACCAAGUAUGAUUUAGAUGCUAUUAUCUUUGCUACUACUUUGAAGCCGUUGACGGCAUAUGCCGGUUUCCCGAACAUGUUCCUAAUUAACGAACCUCAAGGACCUUUGACCAAUGUUCCAGCUCUCAUCGAGACUCAGGUGGAGUUCGUUGCAGGGCUUAUUGCCACUGAGGAAGCAGAGAAGAAAAAGAGAUUAGUUAUUCAAGAAGCUGAGGAUGCAUGGCUAGAACAGACUAACGCAAUUGGCGAGUCGACUGUAUUUGCAAAAGGAGGGUCAAGGCUCACUGGAGAUAACGCUGAGGGCAAGAAACACAAUUUCCUCUAUUAUAUAGGAGGGGUAGUCAAUUACAACAAAGCUGUGCAAACGGAGAUAGUAGGAGGACAUCCCAGCUUUAAACCGUUCUUCUGA